AUGGUUAAAGAGAACUAUGUGGCCAUGGUUUUAACCAAGUUUUCGAACUUGAAUAUUUUUGAAAAGGUUAAGGAUUCUGUAGCCAUGAUUUUUGAAGUCAAUUUUGCCACUAUCGAAUCUACUUGGUGGGUCGAUUCUGGUGCAACCGUGCACAUAUGCAAGGAUCAAUCAAUGUUCAAGCACUUUGAAGAAAUUGUUGAAGUGCAUCUUCAAGAGGUUGAGAUGGCAAAUAAAACUCUUGCAAAAGUUGUUGGAAAAGACACAGUCAUUUUAGAUUUUACUUCUGAAAAGAAGGUUUUUCUUCUUAAUGUACUAUUUGUACCCAAAAUCAAGAGAAAUCUGGUUUACGUUGAUCCGCUUUGUAAAAGGGGAUUUCGGGUUUUGUUUGAGUCCGACAAGGUUAUCCUGUUGAAGAAUAGGCUGUUUGUGGGAAAGGGCUAUGCCAAUGAUGGCAUGAUGGUUAUCAGAUAUGACUUCCCUACUGGUGUGGAGGACCAUAUUCAUCGAAUUGGAAGAACUGGAAGGGCAGGAGCAAGUGGAUUAGCAGAACUCAUCAGAGUUCUUGAGGGGGCAAACCGGCGAGUCCCACCAGAAAUUCGUAAUAUGGCUUUUUGUGGUGGUGGAAUGGGAAGGCUCCAGAGGCUGGAGCUCUGA